CAUCUUACAACUUCACCUUCUUUCAUGAUUUUAGAGCAAUCAAACACUUGACGAAAGAAUACUGGUCUAAUAUUAUUAAACCAAGGCAUAUCGAUCACAAGACACUUUCCAAAACAUCUUUUUUAAUGAGUCACCUAUGAGUUUCCCUGAGCUAAGAUCUAGAAAUGCCACCACAUGUCUGAUAAAUACCACUUAUUCACGGAGUGCUUUCGCAACACUUCGCUCGCUGUGCUCUUUUGUUAUAAUAGCAUUUAAAUAGAUCCAUUUGCCAAUAUUUUGGCUUAACUUGUGAUAACUGGAAAAGUACUAGUGUGUGAAUACACACAGUUGUUUGAACAACAUGACUGACAACUGACAAUUGCCUGGUCCUCCAAUAUUUUAAUGUCAUUGUUCUACUGAAAAUCCCAGUUAUCUCUUUGCUGUCUCUCUGACAUUAUAAUAAUUUCCUCACCUAACAUACUUCAAUUCAAGGAGAAGCCCAAAUCAACAAAUAAUUAUACUUACAAACUGAAGAAACAGUGUCCUUGUGUUCCAAACAGAUCAGAGAAAUGACAUGCAAAUUUAUUGUCCCUAUUUUACUAUCAACUUUAUAUCUAGUUCUACCACAUUUUAUGCUAGCAAAAUCUGUGAUUGAACCUUGUAUUACGUCUGAUUCAUGCCUUUCUUAUCUCUUAUAUCGCCUUCCAUGGGACUCCAAGAUUUCAGAAAUAGCAUUCAGGUUCCGAGUCAACGUCUCUGAUCUUUUAGCUGCCAACUCUAUCGACUUAAACCAACCGAACCAAAUCUUACCCGAGAAAUCAUUUGUAAAAGUACCGGUUUCAUGUUCAUGCGUGGAUGGGAUACGGCGAUCUUUGUCCACGCACUACACUAUUGGUGCAACGGAUACUUUGAUGUCAAUAUCAGAAGUGUAUGGAGGACUUGUUAGUGCAGAACAGAUUAGGAGUGCUAAUGGAAUUGAUGCACAACACACUUUAGCCAGUGGACAGAGCCUUGCGAUUCCCUUGCCAUGUACUUGUUUCAAUAAUAGCAAUAAUGGUGCAGCCAGUGUGUACAUGUCCUAUGUGGUGCAGGGUGGAGAUGCUUUAACAAGAAUUGCAGCAGAGUAUGAUGUCACAAUUAGCAAUUUGGAGAACAUAAAUGGGCUUGGCCAAUCUCAAAUUUAUCCUGGGGAUAUUCUGGCUAUUCCACUUGCUUCAUGUUCAUCAGCAAAUCUGAAUUGGUACAAUGAAAGCCUAAUAGUUCCGAAUGGUUCGUAUGCUUUAACGGCUAACAACUGCAUCAAGUGUGGCUGCAGACCUACUGAUCUCAGCCUAGAUUGUUCACCCUCAGAAAUUGUGGAUAAAUGUUCACAUUUACAAUGCAAAAACUCUAAUCUGUUUAUUGGAGAAAGGCAUGAAAAUCAUACAACAUCUGGCUGCAAUGUCACAGCCUGCAUUUAUCGUGGACAUCUUGGAGGCAAAAUCUUUAGAAGUUUGGUGAAUUCAACUGAUGUAAAGUGUUUAGGUAAUCAGAAUCAGCUUGCAGGGUCAUCAAUGGAGUCUCCAACAAGUAGUUACAUGGCACCGUAUUUAAGUCCAUCUCCAUUAUUAUCUCCAUCUCAAUACUCACAUUCAGCCAAAACCAAUUCAUUAGGAGUACUACUCAAUUCUAGUUAUGCUAAUAGACAUAGUAAAACAUCGCUAUUUCAAGCAUUAUAUUUUAUAAUCUUAUUGGUUUUUGAGCUUGUCUUUGAAAUAUCCUUGUAAGAAGGUUAUCUUGAAGAAAAGGGAUAAAUAUGAAAUCCAACUUACACCUAUUGUGUGGAAGAUUUAUACUGCU